AAACAGUCAGAGGGAAAGGACUGCCAAUCGCCGUUCCUCCCUCCCGUGCAGAAAUCUUAGUGUGUUUACGAAGAAAACGUGAAAUAUUUGACUUGUCUUGUUUCCUGGAGACGAAGAAAUGUGAGGAAAAACAAAACCCUAAAAAACACACAAGGAAUAUAAAUACUGACAUUUUUGUGAAGUGACUCGUGAAAAAAAAAAAAAACAGAAAACAAAUUAGAAAAAUUAACGCCAACACAAACUAGAAAAAAAUCGUAGAAGGAAAUAAAAAAAAGACCAACGCUUGAAGUAAAACAUUGAAAAACACUGAGAAAGGAUAAGAAAUAUUAGUAAACACUCGCUUUUUGUCUGACUGUGUGACAUUGAGCGUACUUUAUUAAUUUCCCACAGGAAGGAAAAGUGAGCAUGUAAUAAUAUCAACGCCACCAUAAAGUAUAUCAACGUGCACAGUAUUAACUCCAGGGGGAAUUACCGCGUCCGGGUGAGAGUGAGGAGCAUAAACUCGCAGCUGGGAAGUGACUUUUUCCCCGCCGCAGCAAGACGCUUGGACAUUACCGGACAGGCACGUGAAUAGACGCUGAUUUACUGAGGAGAAGUUGUCACGUAAAUCGCAGGCACUCAGCGUCGCCACUUCCACCCUCCGGCCUCCACCUGAACCUAAAAGCCUCACCUUCCAAAUUUCUCUUGCAUCUAUCACCUUCCUCCGACCCUCUCUCAAUCUUUCCUCCCUAUCUCAUCCUCAAAUUCCCAUCCUACAUCCCCUACAGCCUGCCUCUCAACGUCACCCUUGUUUCCCUCUCCAUCUCGCUAUUAAAACUCCCUCUCUACUGACAGUCUUCUCUCUCUACCUUACCAAUAACCUUUUGUCUAUAGCCCUUAACCUUCCCUGCACCGCCUGGCCUGCGUCCCUUGCCCUCGCCACCAUGGAGCCCCGAGGAGGCCGCCCACCGUACCAGCCUGGGACGGGAUGUAUCUAUCUGCUGUUCCUCCUGCCGCUUUUCAUCGCCACGCACACUGAAGGAGGCGCCACGGUAGCCCAGCAUGGCGUGCCCCGGACAGUGACAACAGCAGUGGGACAGACAGCGUAUCUUCACUGCCGGGUAUCUGACUUAGGAGACAAUGAGAAAGUGUCAUGGAUCAGACAGAGAGAUUUGCACGUUAUGAGCUCAGGCAGAGUUGUCUUCGCCUCGGAUCAGCGUUUCCAGGUCAUUCAUCCCGAAAAGUCAGAGAACUGGACACUACAGAUCAAGUUCGCACAGCUUCGGGACGCGGGAGUGUACGAAUGUCAGGUGAACACGGAGCCAAAGACCUCCGUGUCCUACCUACUGCGAGUCUCAGAGGCCAGGGCGGUGCUGGAGGGGCCCGAGUACGUCAAGGCAGGAAGUUCCAUUAACCUGACGUGCUAUAUCAACCAACCUCACCUCCAAGGACUGGUUUACUGGUACCACGAACACGAGAUGCUGCAGUAUGACGGGGCAGCGAGCAUCACCACGCGAGGAGACGAGUCUGGUGUCACUUCAAGCCUCUCAGUGCCCCACGCAGAACCCCGUCACGCAGGCAACUACACCUGCUGACCCACCUCGGCACAGCCCGCCUCCCUCUAUGUUACUCUGGUGCAAGGGGAGCAACCGGCGGCUGUGCAGACAGGAGUAGCCCACAGGCCCCUCGCAGCCCUCAGCGCACCUCUCCUGCUGGGGGCGCUACAGAUACUGGCGGCGGCACGAGUGAGAUGAUGAGCCACACCGCGACAUCACCGAGUCACAGGGAACCUCGAGGAAGCGUGGAUUUCCCUCCCGAAAGCCAUCCAUGGUUUUAAGACAUGCUUGGGUGGCGUGGGGUGAAGGAGGGGCUGCAGGAAUGACCAAAGUGGAGUUACCCUGGAGUGGACUGGAGUGAGGAUGCAAUAAAGGGUACCCAUAUUGCAGAACGGUUUGUAGUUUGGAUUUUAUGCCUCCAGUCACUAUGUCUGAAGCUUCUUGGACUAGACUGAGAGUAAAAGUGUGUGCGUACCUUGACUCAACACACAUUCACACCCAGGCCGCUCCAUGAAGGGCGUCAGAACUGCAGUGGAAUAAAACCCAGUCCACUGCGGCGCCACAUGUCAAUGUUCACUAGUACAAGUGUCUGCAAGGCGCGUCUCGUCUCUACUGAGCAGCGGGUACUCGUCUCUGUAACUUCAACUCCCACAAGCGUGUUCAGGCGAGAGGAUGACGCGUCCUUUACUUUUACACGAGUCCAGGAAGGGAAAUUAUGUUUGAGUGCUUCUGUGAGUCCAUGUGAAACUAAUGUGAAUGAGUUUUUGUAUGUGAAAGAAAGAAAUUAACUUUAUAACACCUAAACUUAAAUCCAUGAGGAUAAGGUGACAUGUAUUGAGUGCGUUUCCUUGAUUGAAAUAUGCGUCAAAAGAACCAGAACUGAAAGUGGCUGGAGGGAACAAUGAAACACGUGCAGGUCACACAUAAAGUUAAGCUAGUGCACGUUUCCGGCCUUCUCCCGCUUCCUACCGUCUCUCAACAACGAACUAUAGCAAUGCCUUGGCCGUAAAGAAUAAAAAGGCACUGACGCGGUGGAUGAUCGGGGAAAGAACAGACAAGUGGAGGAGGAGAAGGAAUAAAAAACGUUGCCGCUAAACUUAACUCGAACUGACUUGACCUUUCGUGUAGGGACGCCAGCUCCAGCCAUUGAGAAAGUGUAAUAAUUAUAAUCAAGUGUAAAGCAUUUGAUGUAUGUAAUUUUAGAACAAGUAAAUUAUGUGUAGAGUU